GGGGCCUGAGGCCCCGCGUUGUUGCCUAGCUUUAGCGCCCGCCCCUUAUCCACUUCCUGCUUCCGGAUCACCGGGUGGGACUGAGGGAGGCACUGGGCAGGCCGGUGGGAGCGAGGAGGCGGUAGCGGUGGGGAGACCUUCCCCCACUGAUACUCGCGCCUGGGAAGGGGCUCCCGCUCCAGUUAAUGAGGGCCUAAUUAGUUAUUAAUUUAUGCGUGAUGAAUAUUCAUGAGCUUUUGUUAAUAAUUCAUUAGGUGGGUAUUGGCCGGGCGGCACACGGGAUUCCCCAGGGUGGGCACACGUGGCGCGGGCAGCGUGCGGAUCAUUGAGCUGGGCUGGGCUGGCACGACUUGGGUGCGUGGGGCUGACCGCGGGAGGUAGUGGCAGGGCACGUGGCCUUGUGGGUGGGUGGGUGGUGCAGACACCGGUGUCUGGGUAGCAACGGUGUGACGUGCAGCCUCGCAGAUACUUCAUGCCACACCUACCUCGCUGUCCCAGUGUCAGAAUGUUCCCGUCUCACUGUGGUUCCUGUACUGCGCUGCUCGUCCUUGUGGCCCUGGUCAUGGUCGCGAUGGCAGAUCAGGAAGAGAAGCACUGCGACCUAGUAGGAGAUCAGGACAAAGAGUCGAAAAGAGAACAGGCCUUACUGAAGAAGCUGGAACCCCUGAUGCCCGGGAGCUUUGAUUGCACCGUGAGCUUGAGCCCAGAGGAGAAGUACAGCUACACGUUCAGGGUGUGCAGAGAGGUCAACAGCUCUCUGUCCCAAUCAGGCCUGGUACAGAUCAAUUUAAAGGACCAAAAGCACACAGUGGUGGGAAGAAUCAAUGAGACACAGGUCUUCAGUGGAAGUGACUGGAUCAUGCUGAUUUAUAAGGGAGGGGAUUCGUAUGGUAGCCACUGCCAUGGUGAGAAGAGGAAGGCCAUGAUAAUGAUCUCUUGCAACCGGAAGACUCUAUCAAGUGGCUUUACCUUGCUAUCAGAAGAGCGGGAAAAGGAGCAGGAUUGUUUGUACCUCUUUGAGAUGGACAGCAGCUUGGCCUGCCCACCCGAGGACUCCCACCUCAGCAUUGGGUCCAUCCUGCUCAUCACGUUUGCUUCGCUGGUUGCAGUCUAUAUCAUUGGGGGAUUCCUCUACCAGCGCCUGGUAGUGGGUGCAAAGGGCAUGGAGCAGUUCCCACAUUUUACCUUCUGGCAGGAUCUCGGCAACUUGAUGGCGGACGGUUGUGAUUUCAUCUGCCGGUCUAAGCCCCAGAAUGCCCCAGCUGCAUACCGUGGUGUGGGCGAUGACCAACUGGGGGAGGAGUCAGAAGAACGGGAUGACCAUUUGCUACCAAUGUGAUCAGGCAUUAGACAUCAGUUCUUUUUCUCUUUCCGUCUUCCCCCGGCCAUUCACUUAACCAGGUGUUACCUAACCACUUCUCUUUUCACGCUCUACUCUUCCGGUUUUCUUUAAAUGAUUUGCUUCUUUCACAGCUGGUGUGUCAUCCCCCUGCUAUCCCAGAAUCCUCUAUUUCAGAGCAGCACUGGCCCUAGGGGCAUGUCCUCUGAAUGUAAUGCUGUGAUUGGCUUAUGCAGAGUGCUAUGCAGUUGGGAAGAAUGGUAUUUACCCAGAGUUCUGUGCAGCUAUGAGGUGGCAAAAGUGCUUAUCCAGCAUUCAGUGCCCGGCAGGCCUGGGAGUCCCCUCAAUGAGAUCUAGGGAGAAACCCUGGGUGGGCAUGGGGUGGGGGGAAUCCUGAUGUAGAAACAGCUAGGAUUAGGGGGAGCAUUUCUGUGUCUUCUCUGUAAGGUUUAUUCAAUCUGUGAAACACUGGAUUUGUUUUUAAUUAUUUAAAUGCACUUUCUGCUUUCUUCGCUUCCGUGCUGUGACACAGGCAAAGCAUUCACUGCCCGCCUUCUCCCUCUGCCCCGUGUAAUCAUAGCCGGGAUCUCUCCCCUCUAGCCAGAUCCUUAGCAGGGCUGGAGCAGGCAAUAGCCACUUGGCAAUCUUUCCUUUUCCUGAUGGUAGCCUGAAUUGAACGGUGCAGGCCAAUUUCUUUUAGCUACCGCAAAGGGCCAUCACCAAAUAACCUCGGCUUCACUGAACAGGGAAGGGGUCAGGAAGAUUUCAUGACUUUUUCCUAUUGAAAAUGGUCAAGGGAAAUAGUGUCUUUCUUUAAACCUCCUCCUUGGUUGCUGGGAAGCCAAAUAUAAUGACACGCUGCUGAGCAAGAACCUGAAAGUGAAACGGACUUCCAGGGUGAGGGCAAGAGCCUAAAGACAGCAGAGUCACUUGAUUCUGUUACAGCGUUUCCCUAAGUAGAGAUGUUACUGCAAAUGCAGUUGGGGAAUUUUUAAGAUUGUGAUCCUGACUAUGUCCUUCUAGGAAAUGAUGGUGUAAGUUAGUACGGUAAUUGCUUUGCUGUGAAAUAGUCUAGAUUUUACUUUUAAAAGCAGAACAUAUUUAAGAGAGCGCUGCUGUACCAAAUGCUGACACCAAGGUAACUGUCUCUAGUUGUUACAUUAAAAAGCAAUGUAAUGAGAAAGCAAAGCCAGGCCCUGUGCUGUUCCAAUGAGCAGGUGGACUGGGUUGGAUGUUACACUGCCCUCUAUUGGGUGAGCUGUCAGAUUCACUCUUUCAAAGCCAUAGGGAUGGAACAGGUCAGCUCUGACUGUGGGUUGUUUCUAUCCCUGCUCAGUUGUGCCACAAGGAUGGUGCUUCUGUGGCCCCUGCUGGCUGGGGAAGUCAGAGCUGCAGUUUUCUGGGGCACCGGAGCUGUUCCCAUUGGAAGACCAGCAGCUACAGGUGACCAUUAUAGGAUUCAUGAAGUCAGUGAAAUAUUCAGGCACCUUGAUUUUUUUUGUUUUCAUUUUUGUGGAGCGUGGGAGGGGUAACCUUUGUCAGAGAAUAAUAAGCCAGUCUGCUUCCCCAGGGGACUGGCUGGCAGAGAGCUAUCUAGUAGAGGACACAGUUGAACCACUUGAGGAAAGGGGAUAUAUUUUUGUAGGCUGAAAAAAAACAAAGACUGCAAGGAACAGGAUGAGGCUUAUGCUCCCUAUUCUCUGGAAGGGAGGCCUGCCCAGUAGGAAGUGGGCAGGGGAGGUGGGGUUUGAGGGGAAGAAAGCAGAUUUUAUUUUUUUUCCCCCCCUUUGGCUGGGAUUGGAGCAGGCAAAUGUAGUUCCUACUUUCUUUGGCUUUUGUUACUUUCACUAAAUCUUUUCAUAAGAUGGGGAAAUAGGAAGUCACUGAACUUUUUCUGUUACUGUUUUUCAUGUUGGUGUUUAAAUAAAAUGAACGUUUUUUGUACAAAAACACAACUUUAAAAAUAAAAUGACCCAAAAAUAA